AAUUAAGGAAAGACUGACUUUCCAGAUAUGUUUCAGAAGUAUGGUAAAAAAGACAUGAGUUUCAAUAAUGGGCUCCAAAAUAAAACCCAGAAUGCGUAAUUAUAUGGUGAUAAUAUAGUACUUGAUUGUAUAAAUUCAGUUGGGGAGUUAUAAAAAUAAUUCUUAUAUUAAAACAAGCUGGUAAUUUCUGAGGUUUUUAAAAUACCCAUUUAUAUGAAAACUGAUUUAAUUUUAAAAUGUUUUGAAAAGUAAUGUGGUUUUGACACAUGACAACAAUGAAAUAGAAUAGAGUCCAGAAAUUAACUCAGAUAUGUAAGAGAACUUAGUAAAUGAUAAUGAAUGCUGCCUUUGCCUAUCAGUAGGAAAAGAAAAUUAAAAGUAGUGUUGGGAUAGCCGGUUGGUCAUCUAGAAAAACAAAAAGUUGGUGUCCAGAUGCAUCAAAGAUUUAAAUGUGGGGCGGGGGGGAAGAAAAAAUAUUUAGGUUAAUUAUUUUUAAUAUAACCCAGGAAUGAAGGCCUUUCAAAGUAUGAUACGGAAGUGAAGCCAGAUUGCUGAAUUUUACAGCAUAAAAAUAAAAUUCUGCAUGGAGGAAAAAUCAUAAAGUUAAAAGAGAAACAGACUAGUAAAACAUAUUUGGACACUUUUCACAAAGGUCUGAUUUCCUCUUAAUGUACAAAGAGCUUCUACAAAAUAAUCCAAUAGAAAAAAUGAGCAAAGAGAAUUCAUAUGAAAAGAUGUGCAAUUUUAUUUAUAAUAAAGAUGUAAAUUAAAGCUACAAUGUAGUAUUUUUCACCCAUCAAAUUAGCAAAGAUUGGUUCUGCAGUAUAACUAGGGGAGGGUGAUGGGGAGGAGAAGUGGACAUUCUCAUACAUUGCUGGUGGGAAUAUGAAGUAUUCAUUCUCUGUAGAAAGCAAUUUGAAAAUUGUUCUCAAAAUUAAAAAUGCACAUACAUUUUGAUCUAGCAGUUUCAUUCUCGGAUUUUAUCCUUAGGAAAUUUUGCCUGUGUGUCAAAUGAAUCUGUCAUAAGAAUAUUUCUGGGAGCGUUAUUUGUCGUCAUUUUGAUUGGGAACAAACUACGCAUAAAUCAGUAGGGGAAUGAUUAAGUAAAUUACGAUGUAUCUAUUCAAUGGAAUACUUUAAAAUAGCCUUAAUAAGUCAGCACUAUGUGUACUGUUAUGCUAUGUCUAAGAUAAUUAAGAGAAAAGAUAAUUAAGAGAAAAAAGCAAGAUGCAACACUUAAGUAUCUAUAUGUAAAUGUGUAUGUACAGCUGUCUCUGGAAGGGUACAUGAUAAUUUGGUAACAGUGGUUGCCUCCAGUGACGAGAACUGGUGGCCUAGAGGAUAAGGGUGGGAAACUAACUUUUUUUAGUACACUGUUUGGUAAUUUUUGGUUAUAUAUAUAUUUUUUUACCACGUGCAGGUAACAGUUAUUCAAAGUUAAUGUUUUUAAGUUCUUUUCUGCUUGCAGGAAUUGAUAAGGAGGAAUAAAAAUAAAAGGGCAUGAUAGUCGUUGUAAACAGUUUUCAAAUGAUUUCUGCAAUACUGUCUUUAACAUUUUGUUAGAGGUCUUUGAAUUCAGAGCUUCAGGUUAAUGUUAUGUGGCUCACUGCAGGGUGACUAGUGGAGUGGGGUCUGAAGGAAGGCUGUGGGGUUCCUGUAAGCAGAGAGCAUGAUGACUAACAACCAGCAGUUGCUGUUCCUUCUUGAUAUUUUAAGUGUAUUAAAGGAAGGUGCUUUAUCACUUGGAAUCUACUUCAGCAGCUAGCCAUAGAGCGUGCAGUGCCCCAUAUGGAGAAGGGAUCCAUGGAGCUGCUGCUGGAGUUCACAAUCCUGGUGCCUGAGGAGCAUGCCACCCAGCACAAAGUGUAGCCCACUGAUGAUGAGAGGACAGAGGAGCAGGGAGGGCACUUUAGACAUGAAAUCUUGUAUUCACCUGUAAUGGAUCCUAGUAGCCAUUGGCAUCUGAUGUGCCAUUUUAUGUUUUAAGGUGACUGCCUAAUAGUGCAUGUGUGUUCUGCGAAACAAAGCAUUGUUAUUUUUAAAUACUGUUCUUGAUGUAAAAAAGUUUAUAGAUUUGAAAUUCAUUCAUAUUUUUGACAAACUUCAGCAUUACACAUGUCAAAGAAUAUCUACCUUAAUACAUUUUAAUUAUUUUCUGUAAUUAUAUGAAAAAAAAAUGAUGAAUCUUUUCACUAACUGUAGAUGCCUACAAAUCUCCUUCCUAUUGGCCAGUGUGUUGAACAAAUAUUAUUUACAGUGUGAAAAAGGUUGGGAAGCACUGUUCUAGUUGGAUCCUCUCGUUUUAUAUAGAGAAAACUGAAAUCUAAAUAGGCCAGUUUGGGGAUUUUUCCAGUGUCCUUUAGUUGGUUGGUGUGGGGCUGAAUCUAAAAACUGGGGAUUUUGACUAUCCAUCCACUCACUGCCUCACAUUGGCCCUUCAAACCUGAAGGAAUAUUAGAGGAAGGCAUUGAUGAUAAUUGAAAGAAAAAAUGCAAACCUUGGGGGAAUUACUGAAAGAACUACACGUACAUAGUAUAGAAAUCUUUGAGGGCCUACUGUGUUCAAUAAGGUUUAGAACCUUUCUAUAGAACAGGUUAUAGUGGGAUUAAUUUUGUGAUGAUUGUAGCUGUGUCCUUUGAGAAAAGAAGGAUAAAAGUGAGACUGUAGCAAGAGGAAUUUACGAUAGAUGAAAAACAAAAAUUGGUACUAGAAGUUGAUGUAUACAUUUUUCCAAAGAAAAAGGGACUCUAUUAGGAGACCUUUGAAGUUCCUCUGGUGCUAUAAUUAAAUUUUCUGUUAUCUUGCUUUUGACUGGAUUGGAACUUAUUCAUUUAAAAGCAAUAUGAGUGAAAAAUGAUAAGGAUUUUAGUAGGUUUCAGAGAAUGUUGUCAUUAGCCCUAGAUAUUCAAAGAAAAUACUUAGAAAUGUAUCAAGUAAGAUACGGGCUAUGUUACGAGAUAUGUCACCUUGGUACCUUGCUGCUGUUUUAAUACCACAGUGAUACUGAAUAAGAGAGGAGAUAAUAGGAGUCAAGGUACAAUUAACUUUGGGUAAAAUUAUGUUGUAGUUUCUAGGUGAGAUACAGAUAAAGCAGGCGUAGGUGAUAGGCAAUUAAAAGUAACUCCAAUGUCCAAACAUAUCACACGGAUGCAUUUUUUGAGACCACAACUAAUUAUAAGUAAUAAAAGUAAGCUACUCUUAAUGACAAUGUAUUUAACCUUCUUUUUUUUCUUUGGUAAUUUAAGUUUUCUGAAUGAUCUUCUGUGUUUCUUCCAGUGUUGUGUAGAUUUUUUAAUAUUUCAUUUUUUUAAUGAAAAAUAUUUUGUUGUUUAGUAUUGGCAGACUGGACUGUUUUCUGCAGCAGAAAUUGAAUAUAUGUCUAGCAAAGUAAAUUCUGAGGAAAAUGAGUAGUAAUUGUCAAUGGAAAAUUUAGAUCUAUUUUUUUUUUUAAAUGAUAGUUUUGGGAAAUAAUAAUUAGAGGUCAGUUUUCUUGGGGCAGUUAUCUAAAUUUCUUUGUGUUCAGAGAGCAUUAUUAUGUAAACAAUUCAAAUAAUAAAAGAAAUUGUUACUUCAGAAAUGCUUGUAUAACAGUUUACAGGUUUCCUGUUUUCCUUCCAUUAUAAUUACCAAGGAAGUGUAACAAGAAUUAAAAGAAAUCUCUUAUUUUGCAUAUAUAUACAUUUACACUUCAAAUUAAUUAUAUAUUAAAUUAGAUUUUGUUUAAGAUGGUAAAAUGAAAGCCUUUAUAAGUAAGAAAACAUGUUGAUGUGUAAGAGACUGUAAAGUUAAAACAUGUUGGCAUACUCCUAGUUUCUCAGAAUAAGAAAAUGACUAAUCUAAAUCUCAUUUCAGAAUAAAAACCAAGACAAGCCACAUAAAAGCAACCUAAAAAUUAAACUGUCAUCAUAUUAUUUGUUUUAAAACUAUGGAAUAAUAUAUCUGAGGAAGAUUUCUCUCAAAAUUGUUUUUCUCAAUUUCAACAUCAUUCUUGGUUCCAUUCACUCAACAAAUACUUACUGAGCACCCACGAAGUACAUAUAAGGUGUUAUGAGGUCAGAAGACAUGUCUUCAUCUACAUGGCAUCUUUCCUUACCUCUAUGUGCCAUACGAUGGUUAUGGACAGCAGCCAGAAAGCUAUCUUUCUCAGAUGGCAUUCAGUAUCGACAGAGCACUUAAUGUGGCUUUAGGCAAUCCAUCUUCCACUGCUCAGCAUGUGUUCAAAGUGUCAUUAGUAUCAGGAAUGCCUUUUUAUGGUUAUCAUGAGAAGGAAAGACACUUUAUGAAGAUCUAUCUUUAUAAUCCUGCAAUGAUGAAAAGGAUAUGUGAACUUUUGCAAAGUGGAGCCAUAAUGAAUAAAUUUUACCAGCCUCAUGAAGCGCAUAUUCCCUACCUCCUGCAGCUCUUCAUUGACUACAAUCUGUAUGGAAUGAACUUAAUAAAUCUGGCUGCUGUCAAGUUCCGAAAAGCAAGAAGGAAAAAUGACACAGUGCAUGCAACUGGGUCUUGCAAGGAUCGGUUACCAGGAAAUUCGCUUAUUGGUUCGCUGUUUCGGUGGGAAGAAGAUGAAAUACCAAGCUCUUUAAUACUGGAAGGUGUUGAACCACGGAGUACCUGUGAACUAGAAGUGGAUGCUGUAGCUGCUGAUAUCUUAAAUCGGCUGGACAUUGAAGCUCAAAUUGGUAGAAAUCCUGGCCUACAGGCCAUAUGGGAAGAUGAAAAGCAACGACGAAGAAACAGAAAUGAAACUUCUCAAAUUAGCCAACCUGAAUCACAAGAUCGCAGGUUUGUGCCAGCCACAGAAAGUGAAAAAAAAUUUCAGAAGAAACUUCAGGAAAUUCUCAAACAGAAUGAUUUCUCUAUAACGUUAUCAGGAUCUGUGGACUACAGUGAUGGAUCCCAGGAGUUCUCUGCUGAGUUAACGUUGCACUCUGAGGUUUUGUCUCCUGAAAUGCUUCAGUGUACACCAGCCAAUAUGGUAGAAGUCCACAAAGACACAGCACUGAACAAAGGUCACAAAGUACAGGAAGUUCUUAUUAAUGAAGAAGCAAUUUUGAACCUCAUGGAAAAUAGUCAGACUUUCCAACCUUUGACCCAAAGACUGAGUGAGUCACCAGUUUUCAUGGACAGUAGUCCUGAUGAGGCUGUGGUACAUCUUCUUGCUGGUUUGGAAAGUGAUGGAUAUCAGGGGGGAAGAAAUAGAAUGCCUUUCCCAUGUCAUUCCUUUGGAAACUCUAAAACUCUCCAAAACAGUGAUGAUGAAGAAAAUGAACCCCAAAUUGAAAAAGAAGAAAUGGAACUUAGUUUGGUGAUGUCCCAGAGAUGGGACAGCAAUACUGAAGAACAUUGUGCCAAAAAGAGAUCACUGUGCAGAAAUACCCAUAGAAGCUCAUCCGAAGAAGAUGAUUCCUCUUCAGAAGAAGAAAUGGAAUGGAGUGAUACUAGUUUGCUUCUAGCGAAUCUUUCUAUACCUCAGUUAGAUGGAACUGCAGAUGAAAAUAACGAUAAUCCAUUGAACAACGAAAAUUCUAGAACCCACUCUUCUGUCAUCGCAACAAGCAAGCUAUCAGUAAAACCCUCCAUUUUUCACAAAGAUGCUGCAACAUUAGAACCUCCAUCUUCUGCUAAGAUUACCUUUCAGUGUAAACACACAAGUGCCCUUUCUUCCCAUGUUUUGAACAAGGAAGAUUUAAUUAAAGACCUUUCACAGCCAAACAACAUAGAAAAAGGUCUAGAUCGUUCAGUUGCUUCUUUUACAAAUGAAAGUACUUACUCUGCGAAAUACCCUGGAUCUUUAAAUAGUACUGUUCAUUCAGAAAACUCUCAUAAAGAAAGUAGUAAGAAAGAUAUCUUCCCGGUAUCUUCCUGUGAAAAUAGAAUUUUUGAUUAUGAAGAAGAUAUUCCAUCUGUUACUAGACAAAUACCAAGUAGAAAGUAUACAAACAUUAGAAAGGUUGAAAAGGAUGCCCCUUUUAUACAUAUGAAUCGUCAUACUAGUGAAAGUACGUUAGGCAAAAACUCUUUCAACUUUUCUGACUUAACGCACUCAAAAAAUAAAUUAUCCUCCGAAGGAAAUGAAAAAGGUAACAGCACAGCUCUCAGUAGUUUAUUCCCUUCAUCUUUAACUGAAGAUUGUGAAUUGCUGUCAUGCUCAGGGGAGAAUAGAACUAUGGUGCAUUCUCUUGAUAGCAUUGCUGAUGAAAGUGGACUAAAUAAACUUAAAAUUAGAUAUGAAGAAUUUCAGGAACAUAAAACAGAAAAACCAAGCCUCAGCCAGCAAGCAGCACAUUAUAUGUUUUUUCCCAGUGUUGUUCUUUCUAAUUGUCUCAGUAGACCACAGAAACUAUCUCCUGUCACAUAUAAACUACAACCUGGCAAUAAACAAUCCCGGUUAAAAUUGAGUAAAAAAAAACUUGUAGGUCAUCAAGAGACUUCUGCCAAAACUGGUGAGAUUGGAUCCACAAAAGAUAAUUGUAUACAAAAUAAUUCUUGUAAUAGUAAUCCUGAGAAGGAUAAUGUAUUGGCCAGUGACUUAAUUAAAGCCACCCGUGGCACUUUAGAAAAUAAAACGCCUACAGACACUUUUAUAGACUGUCACUUUGGAGAUGGAACCUUAGAAACUGAGCAGUCCUUCGGACUGUAUGGAAAUAAAUACACACUUAGAGCCAAACGCAAGGUAAAUUAUGAGACUGAAGAUAGUGAAUCAAGUUUUGUAACACACAACUCAAAAAGUAGCCUACCUCAUCCCAUGGAAAUCGGUGAAACUUUAGAUGGAACUCUCAAAUCUCGAAAACGAAGAAAAAUAUCAAAAAAGCUGCCCCCUGUCAUCAUAAAGUAUAUUAUUAUUAAUAGAUUUAGAGGAAGAAAAAACAUGCUUGUGAAGCUAGGAAAAGUAGACUCUAAAGAGAAACAAGUAAUAUUAACAGAGGAAAAAAUGGAACUAUAUAAAAAGCUUGCACCUUUGAAGGAUUUUUGGCCAAAAGUUCCUGACUCCCCUGCCACCAAAUACCCCAUUUAUCCACUAACACCAAAGAAGAGUCACAGAAGAAAAUCAAAACAUAAGUCUGCUAAGAAAAAAACUGGUAAGCAACAAAGGACAAAUAGUGGAAAUCUUAAAAGAACUUUAUCUUUCAGGAAAAAAAGGUCACAUGCUAUUCUUUCUCCUCCCUCACCAUCUUACAAUGCUGAAACCGAAGACUGUGACUUGAAUUAUAGUGAUGUUAUGUCUAAACUAGGUUUUCUUUCUGAGAGAAGCACAAGUCCUAUAAAUUCUUCUCCACCUCGCUGCUGGUCUCCCACAGAUCCAAGAGCUGAAGAAAUUAUUGCUGCUGCAGAAAAAGAAGCGAUGCUUUUUAAGGGUCCUAAUGUGUAUAAUAGCAAGACUGUUAAUUCCCGCAUAGGAAAAAACAGUCGAGUAAGAGCGCAGGUUAAGAAAUCAAAAACAAAGCUUGUUAAUCCCUCUGUAGUUACUAAGAAAAGGAACAGACGAAAUCAGACAAGUAAACUAGUAGAUGAUGGAAAAAAGAAACCAAGAGCAAAGCAGAAACAAAAAACAAAUGAGAAAGGUACAUCAAGGAAGCACAUUACACUUCAGGAUGAACAAGUAAAAGCUCAGUCUGGUGCUGAAAUAAAGUUUGUGCUGAAACACCGGAAUGUGUCUGAGGUCUCGAAUAGUUCUGGAGGCUCUCAACUACUUUUUAAACGGAAAGAUAUGUCACUCGCAGGCUCUGCUAUAGAUCACUCCCUUUCUGCUCCCCUUCCCUCUGGAAUUAAUACACAACAGAAGUUAUCUGGCUGUUUUUCUUCUUUCUUAGAAAGCAAGAAGACUGUAGAUUUGCAGACAUUCUCCAAUUCACGAGAUGAUUUGCAUUCAUCAGUUGUUUGUAGUUCUGUAGGACCUGGAAUAUCAAAAAUUAAUGUUCAGAGGUCUCGUAAUCAAAGUACUGUGUUUACUUUAAAGGAAUCAACGUUGAUUCAAAAAAAUAUAUUUGACCUUUCUAACCACUUGUCUCAGGUAGCACAGAAUACACAGAUAUCUUCGGGUAUAAUGUCUCCAAAGACAGAAGAGAGUGCAGAUACACAAAAAAACUAUUUAUCAUCUGUCGGAAAGUUAAAUGAAUGUCAUAAUUCCCUAGAAUCAAAGCUGGACCAGCCAUUUGCCCCUAAUUUUUUGCGUUGCAAAGACAGUCAGCAAUACAGUAUGUGUAUGACAGAGCAGUCAAAGCACAGUGAAAGUUGUUCUGGAAAUGCAGCUUCAGAGGAAAGCCAAUUGCCCAAUAAUCGCUUUGUAACUUCCUUGAGAAGUCCAAUCAGACAAAUAGCAUGGGAGCAAAAACAAAGGGGCUUUAUUUUAGAUAUGCCAAAUUUCAAACCCGAAAGAGUAAAACAGAGGUCAUUGUCAGAAGCAAUUUCACAAACCAAAGCACUUUCUCAGUGUAAAAAUCAAAAUGUGUCAGCAACACCUUCAGCAUUUGGUGAAGGACAGUCUGGACUAGCUGUUUUGAAAGAAUUGUUACAAAAAAGACAGCAGAAAGCACAAAAUGCAAAUAUUAUGCAAGACCCGUUAUCUAAUAAACAUCAACCAAACAGAAAUGUUUCUGGUUCCCUUGAACAUAAAGCAGUUAAAAGAACACGAUCAGUAACAUCUCCAAGAAAACCUCGAACUCCCAGAAGUGCAAAACCUAAAGAAAAAAUUCCCAGACUUUUAAAAGUAGACUCUCUAAAUUUACAAAACUCUGGUCAGUUGGAUAACUCCUUAUCAGAUGAUAGUCCCAUCUUUUUUUCAGACCCAGGUUUUGAAAGCUGUUAUUCACUCGAAGAUAGCUUGUCUCCUGAACAUAAUUACAAUUUUGAUAUUAAUGCAAUAGGUCAAACUGGAUUUUGUAGUUUUUAUUCUGGAAGUCAGUUUAUCCCUGCUGAUCAGAGUUUGCCUCAGAAGUUCCUAAGUGAUGCAGUUCAGGAUCUUUUCCCAGGACAAACUAUUGAAAAAAAUGAAUUUUUAAGUCAUGAUAACCAAAAGUGUGAUGAUGACAAGCAUCAUGCCUCAGACCCAGCCUCAUGGAUUAGAUCUGGUACUCUAAGUCCUGAACUUUUUGAGAAAUCAUGCAUAGAUAGCAAUGAAAAUCAUCGCCACAACCAGUGGAAACAUAGUUUUCAUCCUCUAACAACUCGGUCUAAUUCAAUAAUGGAGUCUUUCUGUGUCCAGCAGGCAGAGGACUGUCUAAAUGAAAAAUCCCGAUUGAAUAGGAGUUCACUAAGCAAAGAAGUAUUUCUCAGUCUGCCACAGCAGAGCAAUUCAGACUGGAUUCAAGGUCACACCAGAAAAGACAUGGGACAGACUCUUGACUCAGUCAAUACCUCUUUUACUACAAUUCUGUCCUCCCCUGAUGGUGAACUUGUGGAUGCGGCCUCUGAAGAUUUAGAAGUGUAUGUUUCCAGAAAUAAUGAUAUACUGACACCAACUCCUGAUAGUUCACCAAGGUCUACUAGCUCUCCAUCACAAUCUAAAAAUGGCAGUUUCACCCCUCGAACUGCUCACAUUCUGAAACCACUUAUGUCCCCACCAAGUAGGGAAGAAAUUAUGGCAACUUUGUUGGAUCAUGACCUUUCAGAAACUAUUUACCAGGAACCAUUUUGCAGUAAUCCUUCUGAUGCUCCAAAAAAGCCCAGGGAGAUUGGUGGAAGACUCCUCAUGGUAGAAACUCGACUUCCAAAUGAUCUGGCUGAGUUUGAGGGAGACUUUUCCUUGGAAGGACUUCGUCUGUGGAAAACAGCAUUCUCAGCAAUGACUCAGAAUCCAAGACCUGGGUCACCCCUUCGCAGUGGCCAAGCAGUUGUCAAUAAAGGAUCAAGUAAUAGCCACAAAAUGGUUGAAGAUAAAAAAAUUGUAAUUAUGCCUUGCAAAUGUGCCCCCAGUCGACAGCUGGUUCAAACAUGGCUUCAAGCCAAAGAAGAAUACGAACGUUCCAAGAAACUGCUUAAAACUGAGCCAACUGGAGUUGUAAAAUCUGCUGAGAACUUUAGCUCUUCAGUUAACCCAGAUGACAAACCUGUAGUGCCUCCAAAAAUGGAUACAGCACCACAUAUACUCCCCACUACAGCAUAUACCAAGGAAGAUGUUGAUAAUUCUCAGAUUGCUUUACAAGUGUCAACCACAGAAUGCAGUAGAACUACAAGUGAAAGUCAAAUGCUGCCACCAGUUGCUUCUGCAAAUGAUCUUGAGAAAGAUGAAGAUGAUGAUGAUGACUUUUAUGUUAGUUACAGUUCCCCUGAUUCUCCAGUAAUCCCCCCUUGGCAACAACCAACAUCCCCAGAGUCCAAAGCAUUAAAUGGAGAUGGUAGAGCUUCAUCACCAGUAGAGGAGCUAUGUUCCUUGACUGUUGAGAACUUUUUAAAGCCAAUAAAAGAUGGUACACAGAAAAGCCCCUGCAGUGAGCCUAGGGAGCCUCUGGUGAUAUCUCCAAUUAAUGUUAGGGCAAGAACUGGGAAACGUGAAUCACUUUGCUUUCAUAGUACACCAAUCAUACAGAGAAAACUUCUGGAAAGGCAUCCUGAAGCAGCUGGUGUUACCCCUUUAUCAACAGAACCAAUAACCCAGAAAUUGAAUCAUAAGAGAGGAACUAAUACUGACACUCUUAGAAGAGUACUUGUAACAACACAAGCAAAGAAUCAGUUUGCAGCAGUAAAUACCCCAAAGAAAGAAACUUCUCAGAUUGACGGACCAUCUUUAAAUAAUACUUACGGUUUCAAAGUCAGCGUGCAAAACUUACAGGAGGCAAAAGCUUUACAUGAGAUACAAAAUCUUACCCUAAUCAGUGUGGAGUUACAUGCUCGAACUAGACGAGACUUAGAACCAGAUCCUGAAUUUGACCCCAUUUGUGCUUUGUUCUACUGCAUCUCAUCUGACACUCCACUACCAGAUACAGACCAAACAGAACUCACAGGUGUAAUAGUGAUUGAUAAAGACAAGACAGUCUCCAGUCAAGAUAUCAGAUAUCAGACUCCAUUCCUUAUCAGAUCUGGAAUUACAGGACUAGAAGUUACCUAUGCUGCUGAUGAGAAGACACUUUUUCAAGAAAUUGCAGAUAUAAUUAAGAGGUAUGAUCCUGAUAUUCUGCUAGGAUAUGAGAUUCAGAUGCAUUCCUGGGGUUACCUCUUACAAAGGGCUGCUGCCUUAAGUGUUGACUUAUGUAAGAUGAUCUCUCGGGUGCCAGACGACAAAAUUGAGAACAGAUUUUCAGCUGAAAGAGAUGACUAUGGAUCGGAUACAAUGAGUGAAAUAAAUAUUGUUGGCCGAAUUACACUAAAUCUUUGGAGAAUCAUGAGAAAUGAGGUGUCUCUAACUAACUACACCUUUGAAAAUGUGAGCUUUCAUGUUCUUCAUCAGCGUUUUCCCCUCUUUACCUUUCGGGUAUUGUCAGAUUGGUUUGAUAACAAGACAGAUCUAUACAGAUGGAAAAUGGUUGAUCAUUAUGUUAGCCGUGUCCGUGGAAACCUCCAAAUGUUAGAACAGCUGGACCUGAUUGGGAAAACCAGUGAAAUGGCUAGACUUUUUGGCAUUCAGUUUUUACAUGUACUGACAAGGGGUUCACAGUACCGUGUGGAGUCAAUGAUGUUGCGUAUUGCUAAACCAAUGAACUAUAUUCCUGUGACACCUAGUGUUCAGCAGAGAUUCCAAAUGAGAGCCCCGCAGUGUGUUCCCUUAAUUAUGGAGCCUGAAUCCCGCUUCUAUAGCAACUCUGUUCUUGUUUUGGAUUUCCAGUCACUAUAUCCUUCUAUUGUGAUUGCAUACAACUACUGUUUUUCCACCUGCCUUGGUCAUGUGGAGAACUUGGGAAAGUUUGAUGAGUUCAAAUUUGGCUGCACCUCUCUAAGAGUACCUCCAGAUUUACUUUACCAAAUUAGGCAUGAUAUCACGGUAUCCCCCAAUGGAGUAGCUUUUGUCAAGCCCUCAGUAAGAAAGGGUGUGCUACCAAGAAUGCUGGAAGAAAUUCUAAAAACCAGGCUUAUGGUGAAGCAGUCAAUGAAGGCUUACAAGCAAGACCGAGUCCUUUCACGAAUGCUUGAGGCACGUCAGCUAGGACUUAAGCUUAUAGCAAAUGUCACGUUUGGCUAUACAGCUGCUAAUUUUUCUGGAAGAAUGCCAUGCAUUGAGAUUGGUGAUAGUAUUGUUCACAAAGCAAGAGAAACCUUGGAACGAGCUAUUAAACUGGUGAAUGAUACCAAGAAAUGGGGUGCUAGGGUUGUAUAUGGUGAUACUGACAGUAUGUUUGUGCUACUGAAAGGAGCCACUAAGGAGCAGUCUUUUAAGAUUGGUCAAGAAAUUGCUGAAGCUGUAACUGCUACCAAUCCUAAACCAGUGAAAUUAAAGUUUGAAAAGGUAUAUUUGCCCUGUGUCUUACAAACAAAAAAGAGGUAUGUGGGUUACAUGUAUGAAACACUGGAACAAAAGGACCCAGUUUUUGAUGCAAAAGGAAUAGAAACAGUUAGAAGAGAUUCCUGCCCUGCUGUUUCUAAGAUACUUGAGCGUUCUCUAAAGCUGCUAUUUGAAACAAGAGAUAUAAGUCUAAUUAAACAGUAUGUUCAGCAACAAUGUAUGAAGCUUCUGGAAGGGAAGGCCAGCAUACAAGAUUUUAUCUUUGCCAAGGAAUACAGAGGAAGUUUCUCUUACAAGCCUGGAGCUUGUGUGCCAGCCCUUGAACUCACAAGGAAAAUGCUUACUUAUGACCGGCGCUCUGAGCCGAGAGUUGGGGAGCGAGUGCCAUAUGUCAUCAUUUAUGGGACCCCAGGAGUACCACUCAUCCAGCUCGUAAGGCGCCCAGUAGAAGUCUUGCAGGACCCGACUCUUAGACUGAAUGCCACUUACUAUAUCACCAAGCAAAUCCUUCCACCCUUGGCAAGAAUCUUCUCACUUAUUGGUAUUGAUGUCUUCAACUGGUAUCAUGAAUUACCAAGGAUCAAGAAAGCCACCAGCUCCUCUGGAAGUGAACCUGAAGGGCGGAAAGGCACUAUUUCACAAUAUUUCACUACGUUACACUGUCCUGUGUGUGAUGACCUGACUCAACGUGGCAUCUGUUGUAAAUGUCGGAGCCAGCCUCAGCAUGUCGCAGUCAUCCUCAACCAAGAAAUUCGAGAGUUGGAACGCAAACAGGAGCAACUUGUAAAGAUAUGCAAGAACUGUACAGGUUGCUUUGAUCGACAUAUCCCGUGUGUUUCUCUGAACUGCCCUGUACUUUUCAAACUCUCUCGAGUAAAUAGAGAAUUAUCCAAGGCACCGUAUCUCCGGCAAUUACUAGACCAGUUUUAAACUGUCAGUGUCACAGAAUUCCGGGUGCUAUUUUUUUCAGUGUUCAGCACUAAACUAUUGUGCAUGGUGCUUUUUCAACUUUCAUCGAGUCAAGGAUGUUCAUUAUCUGUCUAUUCUCUGAAGACUAUGAAGACUUUUAUGCUAACAGAAUUAAAAAUUGUACGUGUUGAUCUCUGAGUAGCUCGCUUCUUACGAUGUACAAAUUUCUCAUUCUUUCACCUUUUUAACAUUGUUUUAUAAUGCAGGUGUUGAAUUUGCUCCAGUAUGUGUGCCAUCUUAUAAAUCCAUUUGAGUAGCUCAUGUUUACUUCCCUAUGGAAGGAGCACUGAAAACCUCUUAAAGAAAAACAUUCGUGUGUUUCCUUGAACUGUCUGUAUCAAGACGUGUUACUUAGAGAUAGCCAUUCACUUUAUAAUUUUGACUGCGAAAUAUUUUGUAAAUACACUUUUUUACUUUUCAAACAACUGAGUAAAAUAAUGUGCAAUGAAUUUUAUACAGAUGAUUUUCAAGUUGUUUGGUAUAUUUCCUCUAGGUUUUGCUUGACUCGAAGUAGAUUUGUUAUUUUGAUCAAACUGUGCAAACAAUAGUACCAUGUGUAGCAUUUUGAAACAUUAUUUUCUAAAACCGCUGUCUUGCUUUAGCUAUCAAUGGGGCAUUGUGAGGAACUGUGCAAAGACAUUUUUGUUACAAACUUGUGGGCCUGUUGCAAUACUUUAAAAAUAAAAAAUUUUAUUCCAUUUUUGCUUGUUUUGUAUAGACAUUUCUAUUGCUUCUAAAUAUGCUUAAAAUAUUUUCUUUCAUUAUGUACUGUACAGUUAAUCUUAUUUGCCAUCAUCUUGAACACAAAUUGUGUAUUUAGAAUAUUUGUAUAACUAUAAAAUGAAAAAGGAAUUAUGUGGUCAGUGCAUUGUUUUCUAAACUGGAAAUCAUUUUGUUUUAAAAGUUAAUAAUGGAAACCAUAUUAAAAUUGAAUAAAGUAUGAAAUAAGGCAGUAUGGUUUUAUCUUGCUAUAAAUGGUAUUAUCUGCUUUAUUGGCUUUAUAUUAUUAUUUGCUUUAUAAGCCAAUGUUGGUUGCAUCUUACCUUAUCCUUUCCUGAGUUUCAAUUAGUUAAAUUGUAAUAAUGGCAUGGCAGAGGCAUCUGACCUCCUCUAACUUCACAAGGGGGAAGUAGAAUCAAGAUCAACAGCCCAAAGCUGAUUCCUAUGAGGUAGAGGUCAGACAUACCUCCUC